AUGCCUCGCCAGAAAUUUGAAGGACACACUGGUGAUGUCUGGGGCGUUAUACACCUGCCAGGCGGACAGCGGAUUAUCACUUGUUCAAUGGACCACUCGAUGCGAGUGUGGAACUUGAAGAGCGGAAAACAGAUAGGAGAAGACUGGAGAGACGGAGAAAGUGCAGUGUACAGGAUAGCGUUGUCUCCGGACGGGAAGAAAGUGGUUAGCGGAAGUGAGGAUGGUGCAGUGAAGGUGUGGGACAUCGACACGUGUGAGGUCAUCACUAAGUGGACGGAGCAUACAAGGGCAGUGGUGUCUGUCUGCUGGAGUCGAAAUGGUCGGAGAGUGUUAAGCGGAUCCGAGGAUGGGACUGCAAGACAAUGGGUCAUGGAAAGUGGGGAGACAGCGGACAUAGAAAGCGGAGAAACCAUACUUGCAUCGAUCAAGACAGGACACGAUGGCGUGUGGGCAGUCGUCUAUUCACCAGACAUGUCCUUGAUUGCGACUGGUGGACGUGAUGGGCCCUAUACUGGAGAACGCAUCGAGUGCUCAAUCCAAAUCUGGGACACAAAGACAGGCAAGCUUGUCGCAACUCUUAAAGGACACACGAACUGUGUGUGUUCCCUGACUUGGACCAAGGACGGAAAAACGCUUAUCUCUGGGUCAUGGGAUACAUCCAUUAGGACAUGGAAUACAACCAAGUGGGAGCAGACCUCGGUUCUGGUUGAGCAUACCAACCUUGUCUUGGCCCUUGCGAUAUCACCGAAUGGCCGCAUCCUCGCAAGCGCAUCGUCCGACAACACAGUGCGAUUGUGGAACCUCGAUAAUGGGCAACCCAUCAGUUCGCCCCUCCAGCACACACAGCCAGUGCAGUGGGUGUCAUUUUCCACGGGUGGAAAGUUACUAGCAGCUGGCUGCAAUGACAAAAAUGCGUACUCAUGGGAUGUUGUUGCGAUUGUUAGAGAAGCCGGCCUCGAUGAACUUCUAUCAGAUUCAAAGGUGAGUUGA